CUCGGUAAGAAAUUUGAUGGCUUCAUGUCUUUCCUCAGCUCUUGGCGCUAUUCCUUUUCUUGAGGCGCCAUGGCGCUCAAAAUAUAUGUUUCAGAACGCCAAUGAUACGAGUACGGCUGAAUUCAUGCCAAAAAGAAAUAAUGCCUUUCCAUAUGCGAGGUCACGGAGCCUCCAAUUUUCCUUCUUCCGGACCACAUAUAUACCAGUCGCUAUUCAGGCCGAUUGUCAAGUUUCUUCCCACUCACUUCUAUAGAGAGCGAUUUUCUCUUGGCAUGGUCUUACUUUAGCAGACAAUGGCAAUCGCUAUGCAACGCACAACCUUUCAUCAGCUACUAGCUUUGAUUUCAGUGCUCUUCCAAUGUGUGCUCUGCCUCCCAGGCGGUUGUGGUGGAACUCUCGAGAUUCUUGACAUCUCGUCUCCGACAUACAACGAUACCGUAUGGGCAUGCGCUGGGAUUGAGCGCUCAUCAAUAUUUGGAGGCGAUGCACUCCUCCUCGCUGCCAGCAAUCAAGACAACGUGACGAACUGCGCCGAUUACUGCGCCACGACAUCCUUUCCCGAUGGACUGAUGGCUGGCAUCUGGGACUCCGACAACAGUACUUGCGAGUGCUGGUAUAUCGGCGACCUCAACUACUACGACCUACCGGCAGCAAGUCCUGGUGUGACGUUCAUUGACUUCUUCGAGGCGUGGAACCCAGGUGGCAGACCCUCAAAAGCACAAAACUGGGGCGUCUUCACUUGUCCCGCAGGCGCCGAGUCAGGCUGGGCGGAUGCCGGAAACGCAGCCUAUUGCGGGCCCUUAACCCUCGAGCCCGCUCAGCCAGCGCUGGCUGAACUUGGUAUCAUUGGUGACUGCUGGGGAUUCUGUCUCGAAUAUCCUGGUGUGGAGUGGGUUCUCUCUCGCAGUCCUAGUGAUUGUAAUUGUUACGGUGAUCUUGCUGGUCUCAAAGUGACGUUGAACUACACACCGACGGACUUUGUCAUCGACUAUUACGAUUUCGAGCCUCACUCAACUUCAAGCAGUACUUUCGUGACUACGAAAACAUCGCCAAGUACAUCGUCACAUUCCACUAAGAGCAGCACUUCCGUGGCAUCUAGAAGAUCGACAACUAGCGCUUUACGCUCGACCACAAGUCCUGUCACGAGAUCCACUCCGAGAUCCACUCUGAAAUCCUCUCUGAGGUCCACUUCGAAAUCUAGCUCUCACACAACGAUCAAGUCAACCACUAAGAAAACGUCCACGUCUUCGGAAGUAACUUCUCCGAAGUCUUCAUCACAUUCGCCCACCUCGACUGCCAAGACUAUCUCGAAAACAACUUCCUCGAAGGUAAUACUGCGCACAGAUACGUCGAGUUCGAAGACCUCAUCUCCUUCGAAAUCCUCAACGCAUUCAACGACAAAAUCAGCUUAAAAGACGCCCCUGGUAAAGUCUUCUCUUAUCAGGCCUAAGGCAUAUUGACUGCCAGUCAUCCUCAGAAACCGUGCAACGGGAAAUGCAGAAGAUGCUGACUUUUUGGGUUUGGUUCUGGCGAGCGGACUACUUCAAGAAUAGGAAUCUUUACUUGGCCAGUAGAAAGAAAAGGAAACAAUGAUUGUUACAAGCGUCCUAACAUUACAGACUGCUCUGCUUUCCAAGCCGUUCUGCUCCAGACUACUCUUUUUUCCAAGCUUCUCUGCUUCCCAAACUUCUCUGCUGGCAUGAACAACCAUGUCAGAGCACGGAAGCAUUCACAUUGUCGACUUCUCACGGGCGACGCUGAACUUUCUACUACUGUUAGCUUUGGACUACUGGAUGCUCAUUG